AUGACUUCACCUGAGUCCCCCCUCCCCUCCCCUUCCCCCUGUCCGCCCCCCCCCCUCCCCUCUUCUCCCACUCCCUCGUCUCCUGCUCCCUCCUCCUCCCUCCCACCUCCCCCUUCCUUGCCUCCCACGGGGGAGGUGAUGAUCCUGGCCCUGGGGAGGAAGAAACAGAGGAUGCUCAUCUGUCUUUCCAUCCUGCCCAAUCUCUUCCUGGCCUUCCUUCUCUCCUCGGAUCCCCUGCUCACCCUCUCCUCGCCCCACAACUGCCGACUCCCGGGACCUUUGCCUGCUCCGCAGGUCCUCAACGCCUCCCUGCCCUGGAAGAAGGGGGGCAGAGUGGGGGAGAGCGGGGGGCUGUCUCAGUGCAAGCAGUAUAUCAACGGUACCCAGUCCGGGGUGGAGAACUGUGAUGCUGGCUGGGACUACAACGUCACAGAAGGAUUGAGAAUUAACAUUGUUACUGAGGUACCUCGAGGAACUUUGUCGGUCUCAUUGUUUUCUUGAUUAGUUUGUAUUUCCUGGUCUCAGAAUCCAAAUGGCUGCUAUCUCAGAAUCGAAAUGGCUGCUAGCGGAACAGGGAAUGAUUGUUUAACAAUGACAUAAUGCAUUACUGAGUAGAUUCUGAUAAGAAGUGAAGCUCUGCUACCCUUACAUGGUAAAAAAUCCUUUCACCAUUAACACUGCUUUGAUUAAGAAUGUCAUAAACAGUCACAGCACUCUCAGUGUCAGAAAACAUGAUCCAAGGCUUUGCAGCAGUAGAGUGAGGUCUUGGGUAAUGUCAUCAUGCCUUUCUUCAUUUAAUGAUGUGUGUACUUAUUCUACAAUACCUUAUGACGCUUCAGGCCUAAUGUCUUUAGCAGAACUCUUGUCCACCACACCCACAUUUUUCCAUGGCGGUCUUUAGCUCUCACUUGGCUCACUGUGGACUCUCUCUCUAUUUGUUUUUAAUUCCAUGUGUGGUGACGUGGGUGGGAAACCCAGUGCUUCUGUAAGCUGUUCUAUCAGCCCGUUGCCCUCUGUGGUUAGCUAAACAUACACUGGUCUCAAGGAGUCAUUCUAAUUUAAGAGACAGACUACUGCAACGGUUUUACCAUGUGCUUAUAGACAGCAGGAAUAUCAUCCCGUCUCUCUGUUCAUAGACAGAUAGCUUGAUUCAGCGGUUGGUUUCAGAGUGUAUUUUUACCUUUAGUCAUGAUCGACCAGUAUAGCUGCUUCAGCAACUUCUCACAGAAGCCAGAACAGCCCUGACCAGUCUCCACCAGUAAUCAAUAAGGCUUCAGUAGAAAUACUGAACUAAACAAGCAGAUGCCUUGUAAAACCAUUUUGUAGUAGAAUUGUCAGGGCAGACGUCUAUAUGCUCCUUUGACAUGGAGGUUUUAGUAUAAGAGGGAAGAAACGGAAGGCAUAGGUCUCGGGCCAAGGGUAUUAUAAUGCUUUUUAUUCAUGUUCAUAACUGGUUUGGGCAGUUUGUGAACUUGUUUGUGUGCAAGUUUGGCAUUUCUUAUUUUUUCCAAGCACGUCGUCCAUAUGAAUGCUAUCGACUGUGCUCUCAUUUGUGAGGUAACUACUGAACAAAAAUAUAAACGCAACAUGCAACAAUUUCAAAGAUUUUGCUGAAUUACAGUUCAUAUAAGGAAAUCAGUCAAUUGAAAUAAAUUCAUUAGGCCCUAAUCUAUUGAUUUCACAUGACUGGGCAGGGGUGCAGCCAUGGGUGGGCCUGGGAGGGCAUAGGCCCACCCACUUGGGAGCCAGGCCCACCCACUGGGGAACCAGGCCCAGCCAAUCAGAAUUAGUUUUUCCCCACAAAAGGGCUUUAUUACAGACAGAAAUACUCCUCAGCACCCCGCCCCAGCCCCCCUCAGACGAUCCCGCAGGUGAAGAAGACAGAUAUGGAGGUCCUGGGCUGGCGUGGUUACACGUGGUCUGCAGUUGUGAGGCCGGUUGGACGUACUGCCAAAUUCUCUAAAACUUAUGGUAGAGAAAUUAACAUUCAAUUCUCUGGAAACAACUCUGGUGGACAUUCCUGCAGUCAGCAUGCCAAUUGCGCGCUCCCUCAAAACUUGAGACAUCUGUGGAAUGGUGUUGCGUGACAAAACUGCAUAUUUUAGAGUGGCAUUUCUUUGUCCACAGCACAAGGUGCACCUGUGUAAUGAUCAUGCUGUUUAAUCAGCUUCUUGAUAUGCCGCACCUGUCAGGUGGAUGGAUUAUCUUGACAAAGGAUAAAAUGCUCACUAACAGGGAUGUAAACAAAUUUGUGCACAACAUUUGAGAGAAAUACGCUUUUUGGGCGUAUGUAACAUUUCUGGGAUCUUUUAUUUCAGCUCAUGAAACAUGGGACCAAUACUUUACGUGUUGCGUUUAUAUUUUUGUUCAGUGUAUAUAGUGCAGCCGACCAGUGAUAGGACGAGUGAUAGUAUGUGACAGGGUCUUUAUGCGUCCCUGCAUAGGGUCCAAUUACAUAAGGCAUUGUUAGCAGCAGCUUACUGACUCUGCCCAGAAACGAUGCUAUCUCAUUGUAAUCACUUCGCUUUCAACAGUAGCAAAUGCACCAAUGGAGCACUUCAGAUAUAAUAACAAAGCCAUGCUCAAGCUGAUUGAAAUAACAUUUCAAUAUAGUGUAGUUUGGUUGAAAUGAGUUGUUUUGUAUUAUCUGGAACAAUGUCCUAUUGAUGAAAUGAUUGUGAGUAACAAAACAUAUGUCUACCUCCAUCUCUUCUCUUUCCUUAAUCGUCUGUUGGUUCUCCACCUCCUUCCUUCUCUCUCCUCUCCCAGUGGGAUUUGGUGUGUGGUCAGUACUGGCUGGUCCCAGUCGAGGAGGUGUCCUUCAUCUUGGGUGUUCUGACAGGAUGCCUGGGACUGGGCUUUGCUGCUGACAGGUAAGAUGAUACAAGAAAUACAGCGGAUAAGGCGAGGGUUAGACUGGGGGGACGAGACCUCUUGAGGAUUGAGAGUGAGAUGAAGCCAAUUGAAUUAGCAAACAAGAAUGACGCUUUUGGUGACAGUUUCACAGACUCAGGCCUAGACUGCACUUGAAUCCAGACACUUGGAUCCUGAAAAUGUGAUGGAAUGAACAUGGUUUGAGUAUAUUUGUAGUCUCAGUCCUGAUCAGUCUGGGAAUAUACAAUAGGUGUCCAUAAUAUGUAUUUUACUAUGUAUUUAAAUGGUCAUUACAAAACAUUUGAUCUAAAAUGACCCUGGUUCGUUACUAGCUUAAUCCAGGACUAACUUCUUUUUUUUAAACUCUGUUUUUACAAGGCCUACUCCUGGCUUUAAUUUCCAUGAAACCGGCCCAUGGUGUUCAGAGGCCUCUGCUUAUGCCCUACUGAUACAGAUCUUUGUAUUUUCUCUUCUUUGUUAUUUUCUCAGACUGGGCAGGUUGAAGACACUGCUCACCUCGCUAACCCUCUCGGUGGUAUUUGGCGUACUUGUGUGUGUCUCUACCUCCCCCCGUAUCUUUAUUGUCAUGCGCUUUUGCCUGGCUGCUGCUAGCGCUGGUGUCUACCUCACGCUUUACAUCACACGUGAGUAGUCUCCAGAUACUGAUUCCAUAGUACAGUGGUUCCCAGACUGCGCGAGGGGUCGGCAUGGGGGGCGCGGGCGUACCCCCACAAAGGAACUCAGUCCGGCUUUAAACGUACUCUUGAAAGUUGUAAUAGUAGAAUGCACAAGGUGCGAUUUCGAAAUUGGUUAGUGCAUCAUCAGUUCCUCUUGUCAUGUUAGUCAUUGCAUACCUUAGAGAGCUAUUUAUAACUUGUCAGGAUGUUCCCCAAUGCUGUAAGGGGGGCCCAAGUGAAAACGUUUAGGAACCCUUGCCAUAGUACACAAGGCUCUAAUAAUAGCAUCAAAACACUACUGCCAUGACUACUGCAAUUUAAAACUAUUUUGAGAAUUGACCAAAGACCAAACCUAUUUACUCAUUGUUCAACAUUGUUGUGUCUGUAAUCAUUCAUUGUUUUGUCUGUUUGAUUGACAGGUCUUGAACUCUGUGAUCCCUCACUACGUCUGCUGGUCACCAUGGUGGCAGGACUAACUACGGUUGCUGGGGAGCUGCUGUUGCUGGGUGUUGCUCUGUCUUGCCAGUCCUGGAGGGGCUUACUCGGAGCUGGGGCUGCACCGCUCUCUCUGUUCCUCACCUAUGGGUGAGUGUGUGUGUGCGUGCGUGUGUGUGUGCUGUGUUGGAGGACAGAAAACUAUGGACAAGGGAGUGGGGAAUAUGGUAGUAAUUUAAUUAAAGACCUAAAUGCAAACUGACUUGCUGAGAGCACCACAGCAUUGUAUUGAUUUAAAGCCCCCUGUUUCAUUCAGCUAUUAGCUAAAGUCAGAAUACAUUAGCAUUUGUCUUCAAGGUGCAGUGUUCUUCUCAGACUUUUGUUAACAGCAUUUCCUUUUAUUGCAAAUAGCAAAUUGAACACAGAGAAAAUAAAAUGCAGUCCUCUGUCAGUUGGUAGAGCAUGGUGCUUGCAACGCCAGGAUAGUAGGUUCGAUUCUGUAGUGGGCAUGCAUGACUGUAAAAGUCUCUUUCGGAUAAAAGCGUCCGUUAAGUGGCAUAUUCUUAUUUUUUUUCUUUCUAAUAUAACAACAUUGCCGUUUCAGGAGAGAGAAAAUAGUAAUAUGGAAGCUAGGAAUUUACAUGAAAAUGUCUGUUUUGUUUCAGUAUUCCAGGAGUAUUUCCUGAGUCUCCUCGCUGGCUUCUUCUCUCUGAGAGAUCUGCUGAUCUGAAUUCCUUCAGUGAAGGAAGCGAUAGAGAGAGGGAUGAUGAGAGCUUCACAGGUGUGUGGGAACCAUUUUGUCUUUUUGCAUGGGUCUUUUCAUGAGAUUUGCUGUCUAUUGUUUGAAAACGUCUCUGCUGAUGCCUCCAGUGUGACAUGGUGGUAUGACAUUGUUGUCAUUAUUGCAGAGUUGGACUCGGAGCCGUCUCCCUCUACACGCCCCCACCUGUCCUUCCCAGAGCUCGUACACAGCAGGAACAUCUGGAAAAACAUAUGUGUGCUUGGCUUCACCUCGUAAGUCACCUAACUGUGCCAUUUGAAGUUAGCCCUCACACGUUUGGUCACACUUUAAAGCUGAAAUCCUUAGUUGCUACAUCCAUUUUUGGACUUAUAAAUGAAUUGUAAACAAAAUGAAUGUAAACAAACACGGUAUAGUCUCAAAACAUGGUUACAACUAUAAUUUUGAUAUCAUGGAUGGUCAGUCCUUGCAUCCAUAGCUCUGUCUAUGAAUUUGAGAGUGGUUACAUUUCUCCAGGCCCAUCCCUCAGCUUUUUACCAAAAGAGAGGUGGGUGAUCGCUUUGUUAUUGUUUCAAUUAAGGAUUUUAGCUUUAAAUAGUUGCACGCAUAGUAGUAAUAAUAGUACUACAGUAGUUACAUGAAAGUUGAACUUCUUUGUGUAAUUACAUGUAACUACUCAGUAACUGCACUGGUUACUCAUUCCAAGUAGUACGACAUUCUGGUAACCAAACAUAGUAGUAUCAGUAUGUAUGCCACAUAUAGCGUAUGCAUGACAUACAAACAACCUAAUGUAAAGGUUUAACCUUACUUCUAUCAACAUAGGCACCCAUAGGAUUAUAGUAGUUGCCAAACAGACCAUGAUUUUCCAUCUCCAUCUCUCCUGUUGUCUGUCAGGUUCAUUUCCCAUGGCAUCAGUCAUUGUUACAGCUCAUUUCGUGGUGAUGUCAGAGGCACAGCCCCCAGCUUCUAUUGGACCUAUCUGCUCUCCGUCUGUGCGGGAGGAGGGGCCUGGCUGUUGUUAUGGGCAACCGUGAACAGGUGUGGCCGCCGUGGUAUCCUGCUGCUCGCCAUGACAAUGACAGGGCUGGCAUCUCUGAUUCUCCUCGGACUGAUGGAGUGUAAGUUGGUGCUCAAGGUGGAAGUUGCCCUUAAUAGAUGUAAAGUCCCCUGUUUUGGGGACCUGCGUGGUCGAGUACCGGUUCCAACCUAUGUUCCCUCUAAGCUGCGCACGUAGAAAAAUGAACAUUCAAUUCUCUGGCAACAGUUCUGGUGGGCAUUCAUGCAGUCAGCAUGCCAGUUGCAUGCUCCCUCAAAACUUGAGACAUCUGUGGCAUUAUGUUGUGACAAAACUGCACAAAACUGGGCUUUUAUCAUCCCCAGCACAAGGUGCACCUGUGUAAUGAUCAUGCUGUUUAAUCAGCUUCUUGAUAUGCCACACCUGUCAGGUGGAUGGAUUAUUUUGGCAAAGGAGAAAUGCUCACUAACAGGGAUGUAAACAAAUUUGUGCACAACAUUUGAGAGAAAUAAGCUUUUUGUGCUUAUAGAACAUUUCUGGGAUCUUUUAUUUCAGCUCAUGAAACCAACACUUUACAUGUUGCUUUUAUAUUUUUGUUCAGUGUAGUUAGGACUAUAAUUUUCCCAAUGGACAUUCAUUACUGGAAGCACAGACCCUCUUUGCAUGGCGCCACCUUGUGGCUGAAUAGUGGUAUAUCAGUUCAUGUAGGACACUGCAGUGGCAGGAAAGUCAAAGCCAUGUCUCAGUUUCAGCUGUAAUCACAAACCAGUCAGAGUCUGGGGAGUUCAGUGCUAAGUUAACUCUCCCUCCUGUCCCUCUCUUAGAUCUAAGUGAGGCGGCCAUCACUGUGUUCUCAGUGAUGGGACUGUUCUCCUCCCAGGCGGCUGCCUCUCUCUGUGUCCUCUUCACUGCAGAGAUCAUGCCCACCAUCAUCAGGUAAGGACCAGCAACUCAUAGACUGUCACAUGAGUCUUCCUCAUCUAGGCUUGUUCUUUGUAUUAAGUGUAUUAUUAGGUCUUAAAGUCAUAUUGGACUUCAAUGGGUGUCAUUUUAGGCUUGGUCCUCGUAUUAUCUCUUCCCUGGCCCUUCCUCUUUUGGAGAUCACUGACCUUUGACCUUACCCUCUUGUCCAGGGGCAGUGGCGUGGGCACGGUGUUGGCCCUAGGCUGCGUGGGCCGCCUCACCUCGCCCCUCAUGGACCUGCGCAACCACUACGGCUACUUCCUGCACCAUGUGGUGUACUCCUCCCUGGCCCUGCUGGCUGUGCUCUCCAUCCUGCUGCUGCCCGAGAGCAAGAGGAAACCGCUGCCCCAGACGCUGGCCGACGGGGAGCAGUACCGACGCCCCCCACUGGGCCGGAGGAGGAGGGACAACGUUCCCCUGCUGGCCACCCCCAACCCAGAGACCUAGCCGCCCAAAUGUCACACAUCAGUCAUAACGCCAGCCCAGAGUGUCACCAGGUCCAUGCUGCAGAAAGGAAGAUGGAUGAAAAUGAAAAGGGAGAAGAGCUGUCUGCUUAAGAUGGUUGUGUAGAGCCAGUAAAGGGAGAUGGUAGAAUCAACCACACACUCUACUCUUCCUAACAUAUCAUUUUCUAGUCAUUCCUAACACAGGAGUGUAGGUGGGGCGGCCAUACGUCGUCUGUCUCCAUUUCUGCCAAUGAAGUGUGUGUGUGUGUGCACGUGAAUGUGUGUGUAUGUGCACGUGUAUGUGUGUGUGUGGCCCUGGUCAGAUGGCGGCGUGGAGAGUGCUUGUCACGCAGUGAC